AAUGUCAAUUCAAAUUGCAUUGUUGACGCUGGAACGGUGCUAGUUGUUUUAAUAUAUUAGCUCAUUUUUAUUUCUUAUUGGGAUCAGAUAUAGUUAAAAAGAUAAUAACUAUACUUUACUUAUACCUAUUAAUGACGCAAAAGUCGUGUGUAAAGAAAUAUAAAUAACAUAACCUAACCUCUAAAAAAACCUCGCCAUGGCUAACGAAAUUAAAAUUGGUGAUUAUAUCGUUAUACAGAAGCAUAACUAUAAAAAACUACACAAAUUCAAUAAAUCAGAUUCCACUAUAAACUUGGGAAAAGAUACUAUUAAUUUGGAAGGCCUGGCUGGCUGUCCAUACUUUUCAGUAUUUAAAUUGAUUCCUAAAUCGAAUAAAAAGAAAAGAGAAUUCACAGUUGAGUUAGCAGAAGAAGCUGUAAAAUUAACUGACGAGAUUGAUAUUAAAGUUUCUGGUAAUGACAACAGAAAUAUCCUUGAUGAUGGACGCUCACAAAAGUUAUCCGCAGCUGAUAUUGAGACACUCAAAACUGAUUCCAACAAAGCAUCAGACAUUGUGGAGACAUUAAUCAGUAAUUCCAACACAUUUCACAAUAAAACUGAAUUCUCGCAAGAUAAGUAUUUGAGAAAAAAAGAGAAAAAAUAUUUUGAAUACUUUCAAGUAUUAAAACCUAAUUUAAGAAUAAUUAGUGAAAUUAUGUACAAACUAGAGCCUAAUAAAAUUCAGAAUUUACGGAUCGACACAUUAUCACAAAUUAUAACGAUGGUAAAUAUUCAUUGUGAGGGCAACCACCUGUUGUAUGACUCUGGUUCCAAUGGGCUAGUGGCGGCUGCAUUAUUGAGUGCUAUAGGGGAGAACACUACUGGUAAACUAGUACACAUGCAUCCUGGCAACAUGUCACAAAAGCAGGCAUUGUUGGCUAUGAACUUCCCAGAGGAACAGUUGGCUAGAUGUGUUUCCGUCAAUGUAUACUCUGCACUUAGACAAUUCUAUCAAGGCUGUGAUACAAAUAAUUCUGCACCUCAAGAAGAAAAAACAGAAGGCACAGAGGAAACUUCAAUGAAGAGAAAACAUGAGGAAACCUCUGAAGAGUGUCCAUCAAAGAAAAGUAAACAGGAUAAUGAAAAUGAACCCAGUGAAAAUGACAAUACAAAUGUUCCUGAUCCUCCAAGAGAAAAUAAAAAGCCAAAAUGGCAUUUUGAUAAUAUAGCUGCUUCAGAAAUAUUGCAGAAUAAGAUGGAUUCCUUAGUAAUAGCAUGUAAAGAGGAUCCACAGAAUAUAUUUAAUGAAUUAGUGAGUUUUGUUAAACCUGGCAGACCAUUUGUGAUCUACUAUAAUGUUGCUGAGCCAUUGCAGCAGUUGUAUAUGCAGCUAAAAAUGCAAAGUAAUGUUGCGGCUCUCAAACUAACAUGUAACUGGAUGAGAAAUUAUCAGGUGUUGCCUGAUAGAACUCAUCCGGAAGUCACAAUGAAUGCAUCAAGUGGUUUCUUGUUAAGUGGUUAUGUUCUGAAAUAAUUAUUUAUUGUUAUAACUUACCUAAACAAAGGAAUUUAAAUGUAAAUAAAAUAAACAAAGUAUUUUUUAUAAAUUUA